AAAACCCUUAUCGCUCGUCAAGGAGGCUAACGGUAUUGCGGACUGGCUUGCUGCCCAAUGCCCAUGCUCAAUGCUCGCAAUUUAUCCUCUCUUCAACUUCCCUCAUCGAACCGGAACCACUAAUUCUAGAUCCGGUUCUACCCGGUUCAGGUGCUCGCCCGGUCAGGCCGGUUUCUUCACGAAACUGGGCCGGUUGAUAAAGAAGAAGGCGAAGAGCGAUGUGAAGAAGAUCUUCUCGGGUUUCACCAAGACACGCAAGCAACAACCUCGCCGUCAUCGACGAACUCGUCCUCUACUGGAACCUCUCCGACACCGACCUUUAUUCUUCUUCACGGUUCCUCUGUCUCACUUCACGCGAUUUGAAAGCCUCAUUUCUGCUCUCUCUGCUGCAUAAAUCAAAUUCUAAGUAUGGCAGAUUCUGAUGAACUCGCCAAAUCUGCUGAAACCCAGCAAUCUGAACAAGUGUGUAGCUUCUUCAGAAAACCGGUUAAUAAGAAGAAUUUAAGGAAGCGUGCUGUUGAUAAUGAAGAUGACGAGGAGGAUUCAAACAAUGAAAGCUCUUUGCUGCAUAUUCAGAAAAAGACUUUGAAGCCUGACAAUAAGUUGUACUUUUCCUCGGGCUCCUCAAAAAGCUUAGCAUCUGCUGAACCAAGUGAAGAGUCUGGGAAACCAGUUUUUCAUUUUGAGUCUUCCAAAGAGAUUCAAGUUCAACAUGAUAACAAAGCAACAGCAACUCUGGAGACUGAAACUGAGUUUUCAAAAGAUGCUCGUGCCAUCCGUGAAAGAGCUCUUAAGCAAGCAGUGGAGAGCCUGAAGGGAAAAGGCACAAGUUCUGAAGAUGGAAAAUUAUAUAAGGGAAUGAACAGUUACAAAGACCACAAGGCUGGCUUUCGUAGGGAGCAAACAAUUGCUAGUGAAAAAGCUGGCGGAGCACAUGGUCCUCUCAGGGCUUCAGCUCAUAUAAGAGUUUCAGCAAGAUUUGAUUAUCAGCCUGACAUAUGUAAGGAUUACAAGGAGACUGGUUACUGUGGGUAUGGGGAUGCAUGCAAGUUUAUGCAUGAUCGAGGGGAUUACAAGUCUGGGUGGCAGAUGGAGAAGGAAUGGGAAGAAGCUGAGAAAGCAAGAAAGAUGAGAUUGGCUGCAGGCGAGGAUGCGGAUCCGGAUGAGGAGGGUGCUAAUUUGACUGAUGAAGAAGAUGAUGAUGCAUUACCAUUUGCAUGUUUCAUUUGUAGACAGCCUUUUGUUGAUCCUGUUGUAACCAAGUGCAAGCACUUCUUCUGUGAGCAUUGUGCAUUGAAGCAUCAUGCUAAGAAUAAGAAGUGUUUUGUCUGCAACCAGCCAACGCUUGGCAUUUUUAAUGUUGCUCAUGAGAUACGCAGGAAGAUGGCUGAGGGUAAAUAAUCUCACUCGAUAGGAUCCAUGGAUCUUUGCUUAGUAGAAGUUAUCUUUUUUUUUUUCCCCAUUUUUUUUCCGUCUUUAAGAGUAACGCUGUGUAAUGUGUUGAUAACAGAAAGAGGUUUGCGUAGUGGGGUUAGGUCUGAUUUAUAGUGUUGUAUUUCUUUUACUAAUAAAUCCCGGAAUGUCUGAUUGUGAAAGACAUUUAUCUGUUUGUAUUAAAUAGCACGUUAGUAGUACAUGAUGUGGUUCUUUUUGCAGUGUAACUCACUUUGAUACUUGACUAGUUUUGAAUAGA